AUGAUUGUACAUAUUGAUAUAUCAAAGACAAGAACUAAGAAUUCAGACUCCAAGAAGAAUACGACAUUUGAAAAGGUAAGCUCCUCUGACAAAGACACAUAUGUGCAUGAACAUAUUAAUAAGCUUAUUUAUUAUAUGUCUAAUGAUAAUGAUACAACCCCUGCAUUUUUUUGUAACUAUAUUAAUCCACAUGUUGAACCAUUUGGUCAAGCAUAUGUUAAACCAUAUGCUGAAACCACUACUGAUCCACAAGAUGAACCACAUGUUGAACAAUCUGGUGAGCCAACAACUGAUAUACCUAUUUUUUAUAUGUAUUUAACUAAUAUUUUGAAUGAAAGUGAUGAUUAUACUGAAGAGUUGAGGGAUGAGUACCCUCAAAUGUAG